AUGCCGCAACGUUCGCCGUUUGCCAUUCAAGAGCUGCUGGGACUUGCAGUUGCGGCAGCAGCAACAACAACAACAUCAGCAACAACAACAGCAGCAGCGACAACAAGUGCCACAAAAGCAGCAGCAACAACAACAACAACAGCAGCAGCAACAACAUGUGAAACUGCAACUGAUUUAACAACGGCAACAACAACAGCAACACAUUACAGCAACAGCUCAGCAGAUACAACAACAACAGCGGUCAUUGAGCAGCAGCAACAACAACAACAUCAGUUUAGGGAACACCAGCAACAACAACAACAGCAACAACAACAACAACUGACCAUGGCAGCUGCCUCAAGAAUGGCCUAUUUCAAUGCACAUGCCGCGGUGGCAGCCGCCUUUAUGCCACAUCAGCUGGCCGCUGCCGCCGCCGUGCAUCAUCAUCAUCAUCAUCAUCCGCACUCGCACUCGCAUUCGCAUCCGCAUCACCCCCACCACCCACAUGCGGCACAUCCGCAUUCACAUCCGCAUCCGCAUUCGCAUCACACGCAACAACCGCCGCCGCCGCCGCCACCCGCAAUGCCGCCGCAUCAUCCACUGUUGCAUGCGCAGGGAUUUCCGCAGCUUAAAAGCUUCGCCGGAACUGGAACUUGUUUACCAGGCUCAUUGGCAGCCAAGGACUUUGGCAUGGAUGGAUUGAAUGGAUUUGGUGUUGGCGUUGGCGCUGGCGUCGGAGUUGGAAUGGGCGUUGGACCGAAUAGCAAAAAGAAGAAGAAGAAGCGACGACAUAGCCGAACCAUAUUCACCAGCUAUCAGCUGGAGAAGCUGGAGGAAGCGUUCAAGGAGGCGCAUUAUCCCGAUGUCUAUGCCCGCGAGAUGCUGUCAUUGAAAACGGAAUUGCCCGAGGAUCGCAUACAGGUCUGGUUCCAGAAUCGACGUGCGAAGUGGCGUAAAACGGAAAAAGUUUGGGGCGGCAGCACCAUUAUGGCCGAGUAUGGCUUAUAUGGAGCGAUGGUAAGGCACUCGUUGCCAUUGCCCGAGACAAUACUCAAGUCGGCCAAGGACAACGAUGCGGUGGCACCCUGGCUACUAGGUAUGGAACAGAAAUGCAUGCACCGCAAAUCGAUAGAGGCGCAAUCAGCGCUCAAGGACGAUUCCGGUGUCAGCGAUCACGAGGACUCAGCUGGCUCCAAAUCCGCGCAUUCGGAUGAAUUGCGCUCACAUUCCCGGGCGCUGAGCUCAUCGACGGAAUCGCUCAACGUUGUGAGUCCGGCGCCCAGCAGUUGUCCAACGGUUGCUUCAACGGCGCCGCCAACAUCGACAACGCCGCACGGCAGCAGCGGCUAUGCGGCUGCCUCAUCGGCGGCAACCACACCAACAGGUGCCACAACCAACAGCUCCGGUUCGCCACACAUUGAGCUCGGUUCGCCGUCGCCACAGCAGACGCAGACACAGUUGAUGCAACAUCAACAGCAGCAACAGCAACAGCAGCAACAGCCGCCGGCACACUAUGCAGCAGCCACGCCCAGUUAUCAUCCGCUGCUGGAUGCGGCAAAUGCGGCAGGCGCUGGCGCUGCUGCCUCCAGCAAGGACUUUCAUAUGAUUAUGAACACAGCUGUGGCAGCUGCCGCAGCAGCAGCACAACAACAGCAGCAACAGCAGCAGCAGCAGCAACAUCACCAACAACAACAGCAACAACAACCGACGGUUGCAACAUCAGCAGCAGCGCUGCCACAUGCCAGCGUUGCCACGUUGCAUGCACAUCAUCUCUCUGCCGCCGCAGCAGCCGCAGCACUAAUGGAACACGAUCCUGAUGCAUUCAGGAACAACUCGAUUGCCUGUUUGCGAGCCAAGGCGCAGGAGCAUCAGGCGCGACUCCUCAACAACGGAGGACUCUUCCUCCAGGUGCGCAGCUUUGCCCAGGCUCAGGCCCAGGCGCAGACUCAAGCACAGGCUCACGCUCAGUGUGAUAUGCUUAAGAGCGAGGAACGCAACAACAACAAUAGUGGGAAUAUCAACGGCAAUCAAUUGCUGCAACUGCAACAAACGGUGGCUGCUUCAAAUGCUGUGAAAAUGGAGUUGACACCCUGCGUCGGCGUCAGCGUCGGCGUCGGUGUUGGAGAAGACGUUUGACGUCUGGAGAGCAACUACAAUUUGCAACAGUAAAAGCUGCUUUGCGUGGAUUCUUGCCAACAAAAAAA